GCCCUAUAACAGAAAAUUACCUAUCGUGCAAUUCGAAGUAAUGUUAUUGUGCAAAUGUUUGAUUGGCACUGUGUCGUGGCGUAGAACUCUUUGAGUAAAAGGCAAGUGUGGUGUCUUUGAAAAACCUGCGCGCGCACAUCUCGUUCACUGUUGGUUGCAGCGGGAAACCGAUCAGCAUAAAAGGGCCAUGUACAGUCCGUCGAUUCUUCUCCUCGUUGCCAUGGCGACAUACAGUGUGACACUUCUAGAAGCCCUCCCGACCCAUGAUGAAUCAUCGUGCCCCCCUGGAUUUUGGUGCAAGCGGAAACGCUCGGCAGAUGACGGGAACUGCCCGCCGGGAUUUUGGUGCAAGAGGUCCUCCCAGGAACAGGACGAGUCCUGGGGAUGUCCCCCCGGAUUCUGGUGCCGUAAGAAACGAAACGUUAUAGAGAGUGAGGUCCCAGAAGAUGCUUGUCCCCCCGGAUUUUGGUGCAAGAAGAAAAGAGACGAGAUCCCAUGUCCAAGCUGCCGUGAGGUAAAAGAUGACGGUUGUCCCCCCGGAUUUUGGUGCAAGAAAAAGAGAAGCUUUGACAGCGGUAGCUGCCCCCCCGGGUUUUGGUGUCGCAAGAGACGCGAGGCCAGGGCGGCCACUGAUCUAGAGACCUACUCUUGUCCCCCCGGAUUCUGGUGCCAUCGCAGUGCGAUGGUCCGCGAGGAUGAGACGUCCGCUGGUGGAUGCCCCCCCGGAUUCUGGUGCCGAAAACGUACUGCCCCGGAGGAACAAACUCCCAACGAGGACACAUUCAACUGGGGAUGUCCCCCCGGUUUCUGGUGCCGCAAGCGCAGAUCUGUUGAUAGCGAUGAGACGUGUCCCCCCGGAUUCUGGUGCAAACGAGGCGUCUAUAACGACAACGAUGACGGGAAUUGUCCCCCUGGAUUUUGGUGCAAAAAGAAGAGAAACAUCAAGGAGGACCCGACCAGCCAAGCAGAUUGUCCCCCGGGAUUCUGGUGCCGAAAGAAGCGCAGUCUAUAGAAGAGCUAGAUAGUAUUAUUAUGCUACAUAUUUAUUUUAUUGACUCACUGAGAGAUCUAAGCUAAUAAAUAUCGUUCACUGAAACUAGUAAUGUGUUGCACUAAAUCUGUUCAAUUCUAAUGUGCCAACAUUUUUCUUCUGCAAAGGAAAAUUUGCAAAUGAAGAAUAUUUUUGUUUCAUGAAAGCUCGAGUGAGCAUUUAGAAUUGUACAAUGAAACUUAAACCUCUGGAGUCAAAUAAUGUAAAUUUUCGAACCAUGAUGAAAAUAAUGAGCGAUUCUGUAAGCGGAAUGUUAAACAGUUUAUUGGUGAAUACAAUAGAAAGAAUAAAAUCCAGAUAUCUGUC